GGGGAGGCGCCCAAGAUGGCGUGGUGGUGCUGGGCCCGCGCCGGCGGCCCGCGGGCACACAGGCUGACGGUGCUCCUGGAGCCGCGGCGGGGGUUCCGGCGGGCGCGGCCGCGGGCCGAGGAGCCCCCCGCCGCCGAGCCGCCCGCCGCUGAGGCGCGGCCCGCGCCGCCCCGCCGCAGCCUCUGCCCGCCGCCGCCCGCCCGCGCCGGCCGCCCCCCGGCCCGCCGCCUCGUCAGGCCGCUGCUCUUCGCCGUGGGGUUCACAGGCACCGCCUUCGGGGCCGCUGCCAUCUGGCAGUACGAGGCGCUCAAGUCCCGGGUCCAGACGUAUUUUGAGGAAGCUCGGGCGGACUGGUUGGACAAAAUCCGGCCGCAGAAGAGGGGGGACUUCAGAAAGCAGGUUAACAGCUGGUGGAAUAACCUGACUGAGGGUCAGCGGACUGUGACAGGUAUUAUAGCUGCAAAUGUCUUCGUAUUCUGUUUAUGGAGGCUGCCUGGUAUGCGACGGAUUAUGUUUACAUAUUUCACCUCAGAUCCAUCCUCCAGAGCCUUGUGUUCUCCAAUGCUGCUCUCUACAUUUAGUCACUUCUCUCUUUUCCACAUGGCAGCAAAUAUGUAUGUUUUAUGGAGUUUUUCCAGCAGCAUUGUCUCUCUUCUGGGAUGUGAGCAGUUCAUUGCAGUGUAUCUUUCUGCUGGUGUUGUCUCUACUUUUGUCAGUUAUGUUGCUAAAAUGGCCACUGGAAAGUUUGAACCAUCCCUUGGAGCUUCAGGAGCUAUAAUGACUGUCCUUGCAGCUGUAUGUACAAAGAUGCCAGAAGCAAAACUAGCCAUCAUAUUUCUUCCAAUGUUCACAUUUACAGCAGGAAGUGCUUUAAAAGCCAUAAUUGCAUUUGACACUGCAGGGCUUGCUCUAGGCUGGAGAUUUUUUGACCAUGCUGCACAUCUAGGGGGAGCUCUAUUUGGAAUGUGGUAUGUGACUUACGGUCACGAGCUCAUAUGGAAAAACAGAGAACCUCUGGUGAAAGCUUGGCAUGAAAUGAGGACAAAGAACACGGGAAAAGGAGGUGGAAGAUCUAAUUAAUCCUAAUCCUAGAGGUUCCUUGUGCUGAAGUGGUAUAUUACUUGAAGACGUGGGAUUGAAUUGGUUUUGAAGGUUGUUUUUUCUUGCUACUCCACAUUAGAAACCUCAGCUCCUUAGAGGCCUAACGUAAACUACAGUUACAAAAAUGCAUAUCAAUAGAAAAUGAACUCUGACAAAGGUGGAACGAUAAAGAUUUUUAUCCUAUUUCCCUGCAGUAGCAGCCUGUGUUACAUUUUUUAAAAGAUGCACAAAGCUUUCCAAUAAAGUUGUCAACAAACUGUAA